AACGAUGCGAUUGCGCACAAUUCAAAAAUGUUCCUGAAUCUCCAAGAAACUUGUGAUUGUAAGCUGACCACACUCAGAGAUGAUCUAGCCACCGAUCUCUACGAAUUAGAAGAGGAGUACUACAGUUCGCAGUACAAAUAAGUAACGAACAUGUCCAAGAACAUAUUGGGUGAUAGCGCCAACUUCCAGGCUAAAGUGAGCUCGGUUUUGAACCGCAACGUCAAAGAAUUUGGAAAGAAGUUCUUGUUUGAUGGGCGUGACGAUACUUGUUGGAACUCGGAGCAAGGUUCGCCACAAUGGAUUGGGAUCGAGCUUGUCGAGGAUCAUACCAUCACUGAGCUUCAAAUAAUGUUUCAAGGUGGCUUUGUUGGGAAGAAUUGUUUUAUAGAGUCCAAAGCAACCGACUUGAAAGUGCCAUUCUACCCAGAAGACACGAAUAAGCUUCAAAAGUUCCCCAUUGACCUGAAAAUCCCGGUCAAAUCCCUGAAGAUUGUAUUUGAAGAAAGUACGGACUUCUUCGGUCGAGUGACGAUUUACCAAGUGAACUUGAUCAGUGGUUGA